AUGGGUGAAAGAAACGGAAAUCAUGCCUACACGAGGGGUUACCCCGCUCGAGCUCCCAUGUCUGUUCCGCAGGCACUCGAGAUCGCAAGGGAUAGCGAAGAAGGAGCUCGAGACCAUGCUGUCGUUAACGUGCUUGAAGCUGCGCUGACGACUAUAUGGGCCAAGGUUGAAGCUCAACGAGAUUCUUAUAUCUUGACUAGAGAUGAAUUUGCAGUCUUGAAUUAUUUUCAAUCUCGUUUUGCGGGGAACGCGCUAGCUUCUGCUGCUAGGAAGCGUUAUUGGGAUAAUUUGGGCACUGGAAUCCCACGGCUGGAUUCGAGGUCACGAAGACUCGUGCUCUUUGUACAUACAGUCACGAUGGCUGCGAAAACUCAAAUCGACGAUACCAAGGCGGAAAAUUUGGCCACCAUGGAACAAGCGAAUGGAAUAUCAUUAUCGCCAAGGGAAAAGGGCGACGUCCAUGAUCUGGAGUAUUUGCUAGAGGGUGGGGAGGAGAAGGGAGGUGUGAGGACAAAACAGUGGGCAACUCGACGAAGAUUGCACUUACCUUUGGCUAUUCUUGCGAUAUGGGGCGGAUUGCUGUUUGGCUUUAGCGACUGCUUUAUUACCAACGACACCAAGACAGAGCUUGCGGUUUCAUCCUCCAAGACUUUCAAAUUGGUUAAGGACGCAAUUCAGGUGACUCUGGCUACUCCUGCAACAGCAGUGUUGGAAUGCUUCCAAGUCUACCAACCGGUGCUCUUCCCAAAGGGUGCGGUGGACCAAGUCAUCACAAGUGAUGGAACCGAGAACACUACUAUUAUUGCGCCCUCGAGCUCGAAUAGCAGUUGCCAAGUUCUUUUAAUGGAUCACUCAUUCGGAUACUCCUAUGGAAUGCCGUUUGUCGGAAACUACACACCGCCAAAAUGCAAAUUCAACCGCGUCGCUAUGAACUUUACAGUUACCUCACGAGGUCGUCAAUAUGAUCGACUCGCCAUCAUGUACUUCAACGACACGGAAGUGUGGAGAACCUCAACUGCAGAGCCAACUACCAAUGGUAUUCGCUGGGAGUACAUCAAGGACAUGACUGAAUAUCUAUACUUCUGGAACUCACCCCAAACGUUGAUAUUCGAUCUUGGCAACCUAGUCAACGAUGUAUACACUGGUUCAUUCAACACCACUCUAACAGCAACAUUCUUUACCGUCGAAGAGGAUGCCAACGCCGCCUCGCUGAUUCUUCCCAUCUCAGCAAGAAAAGGAUCUACCAAUUCAGCAAGUGUAUUCAUGCUUCCCUCCGACACCGCAGUCAACACCUUGACCCUCCCGCAAAAUGUCAACCGCGCAGUUUUUUCUAUCUCCGCAUGUGGCCAAUCCACGGAGGAGUUCUGGUGGGGUAACGUUUUACAGUCGAACAUCAACACCUUCGUUCCCUACGAUGGAACACUAUACGGCUAUUCUCCUUUCCGCGAAGUUCAAGUCUUGAUCGACGGCCAACUAGCAGGCGUUCAAUGGCCUUUCCCCGUCAUCUUUACAGGUGGCGUAGUCCCAGGUCUUUGGCGUCCCAUUGUCGGGAUCGAUGCAUUCGAUUUGCGCGAGCACGAAAUUGACAUCACGCCUUGGCUUCCUAUUCUUAGUGAUGGCAAAUCACACAGUUUCGAGAUCAGAGUAGUGGGCCUCGACGAUGACGGAGAGACAGGCACAUUAACCCAAACCGUCGGAUCAUCCUGGUAUGUCACCGGCAAGAUAUUCAUCUGGCAAGACUCGCCCUCUGCAAUCACAAGCGGACGAGAACCCACCGUCCUCCUCCCCGCCCCCGUGAUCUCCAUCUCGCAAACCUCGACCCAAUCCCCCAGCGGCGCCAACGAAACCCUCGAAUACACCAUCAACGUCUCGCGGACGCUCUCCAUCUCCUCCCUCCUCACCACCGAAACCGGCACGCGUCUCGUAUCCUGGACACAGUCCCUCUCCGUCAAGAACUACGGCCUCUACACCCUCUUCGGCGCCAUCCAAGUCAACAACCAGACCACCACCGGCCUCGACCAAAGCACAGGCGGCACGUACUACAAGUCCUCCUACAGCUACCCGCUGUACGCGAAUACCACGUACCUCGUCGACGCCAGCACGAACUUUACCAUCGCCGCGGACCUUUCCCACGGAUUGAACCUCGAUAUCUCAGGCUCGCCCGUCUUUCCAACGGGUCUCCAGCCCUUUCACACCACGCUCUCGACGGAAGGACUCGAAGGAACGUCGCUCUCCACAACACAAAACGGAACUGCGUUUUACGCGGGCUCGCCGUCCACAGGGACGAGUAGCGGAUACGGCAGCACGUCUCAGGAUUUCCGGUUUGCGGGCGUAGGACCGGGUGCGAGGGAACUGUAUACGCGGAGCGUGGAGGCAGUAAAUGGUAGUGUGGUGCGGGAUAGGAGUGCGUUGUUGGGUGCGAGUAUUGGGGGAUAUAGGGGAUCGCCGCCGUUGAUUGCGGGUGGGAGAGCUGUUGUGGAGGGUGUGGUUAGUGCGAAAGAGGUGCUUGGACGGGGGAGGGGUGGUGCGAAGGAGGUUUUGGUGCAGGCUGGUGUGUGA